UCCUUUUCGAUUAGCCUACAGUCGGAAGGGCCGCCGGCCGGUGCUAUUAAUUUGUAUUAUCCAAGAUGGAGGAUUGCUCGUGGUCCCUAGCCUAGCAGAACAGCGGUCUUUUCCGUCCGUGUCACAUCCUUCUUGAAGCAAAAGGGGCGGACAUAUUCCACACACCGUCUGAGCUGGAACAACCAAACUUUCACAUUUGGAUAUCUGCUUCGCGGUUUCCACAGACAUGAGCUCGGGGGAAGGAGCCGAGGAGACGGCUAAGGACGCGGCCGACAUAGCGGCGUUCUUCAAAUCUGAUGGCUCCCUUCCAAAAUGUGAACCCAAAAGCGAUGUGUCCAGUCACAUAUCAGGAUUUCGCAGGAACGAAGAGAUGAAGGCGAUGGAGGUUUUGCCCAUUCUAAAAGAAAAAGUGGCCUUUUUAUCAGGUGGCAGAGACAAACGCGGUGGACCAGUCUUAACAUUCCCCUCACGUACCAACCACGACCGAAUACGACAGGAGGACCUGCGCAGACUCAUCGCCUAUCUCGCUGGCAUCCCCAGCGAGGAUGUAUGUAAACAUGGCUUCACAGUCAUUGUGGACAUGCGAGGCUCGAAGUGGGACUCCAUCAAGCCUUUGCUGAAGAUCCUGCAAGAGUCGUUCCCCUGCUGCAUCCACGUCGCCCUCAUCAUUAAACCAGACAACUUCUGGCAGAAGCAGAGGACCAACUUUGGCAGCUCCAAGUUCGAGUUUGAGACCACCAUGGUGUCCCUGGAGGGCUUGUCCAAGGUGGUGGACCCUUCCCAGCUGACACCCGACUUUGAGGGCAGCCUGGACUACAAUCAUGAGGAGUGGAUUGAGAUCCGUGUGGCCUUUGAAGACUUCACAGGCAAUGCACGGCACCUGCUGGCCCGGCUGGAGGAGAUGCAGGACACAGUCACACGUAAAGACUUCCCUCAGGACCUGGAAGGGGCACGACGUAUGAUUGAGGAACAUGCUGCACUGAAAAAGAAGGUGAUGAAAGCCCCGGUGGAAGAGGUGGACUCAGAGGGCCAGCGGCUACUGCAGCGCAUCCAAAGCAGUGAGAGCUAUGCUAACCGCACAGUGCCCGUGGGUCCUGGGCAGAGGGAGAGUCAGGGCCAGCCCAACGCAGACACACAGGGCCUGUUGCCCCGCAUCUCCGCCCUGCUGGAGCAGCUGCACAGCACACGGCAGAACCUGCACCAGGCCUGGCAUGUCCGCAAGCUACAGCUUGACCAGUGCUUCCAGCUCAGGCUCUUUGAGCAAGAUGCAGAGAAGAUGUUUGACUGGAUCAUGCACAACAAAGGCCUGUUUCUGGCAGGCUACACUGAGAUUGGCAACAAUCACUCCCAUGCCAUGGAGCUCCAGACCCAGCACAACCACUUUGCCAUGAACUGCAUGAAUGUGUAUGUGAACAUUAACCGCAUCAUGUCUGUUGGGAACCGGCUGCUGGAGGCCGGCCACUACGCAUCCCAGCAGAUCAAGCAGAUCUCAGGCCAGCUGGAGCAGGAGUGGAAGGCCUUUGCUGCUGCUCUGGACGAGAGGAGCACAUUGCUGGAAAUGUCUGCUACCUUCCACCAGAAAUGUGACCAGUACAUGAGUAAUGUGGACUCGUGGUGUAAGGCAUGUGGAGAGGUUGAUUUGCCCUCUGAGCUCCAGGAUCUAGAAGACGCCAUCCACCAUCACCAGGGCCUGUAUGAACAUAUCACAACUGCCUACUCUGAGGUUAGUCAAGAUGGCAAAGCCUUAUUGGACAAACUUCAGCGGCCUCUGACGCCUGGCAGCGCUGAUUCGCUGACAGCCUCCGCCAAUUACUCCAAGGCCGUACACCACGUACUGGACAUCAUCCAUGAGGUCCUACAUCACCAGAGACAACUGGAGAACAUCUGGCAACAUAGAAAGCUCCGUCUGCACCAGCGCCUGCAGCUGUGUGUGUUUCAGCAGGACGUCCAACAGGUGCUUGACUGGAUUGAAAACCAUGGUGAGGCGUUUCUUAGUAAGCAUACAGGAGUGGGGAAGUCUCUCCAUCGUGCCAGAGCCCUGCAGAAACGGCAUGAAGACUUUGAAGAAGUGGCUCAGAACACGUACACCAACGCUGAUAAGCUGCUGGAGGCAGCGGAGCAGUUGGCUCAGACGGGCGAGUGUGACCCGGAGGAGAUCUACCAGGCCGCCCACCAGCUGGAGGACCGUGUCCAGGACUUUGUGAGACGCGUGGAGCAGCGCAAAGUCCUCCUGGACAUGUCCGUGGCCUUCCACACCCACGUUAAAGAGCUGUGGACGUGGCUGGAGGAGCUGCAGAAGGAGCUGUUGGAUGAUGUGUACGCUGAGUCAGUGGAGGCAGUGCAGGAUCUGAUCAAGCGCUUUGGCCAGCAGCAGCAGACCACCCUGCAGGUCACUGUUAACGUCAUCAAAGAGGGCGAGGACCUCAUCCAGCAGCUCAGAGAUUCUGCUAUCUCCAGCAAUAAGGCCCCACACAACAGCUCCAUAAACCACAUAGAGAGUGUGCUGCAGCAGCUGGACGAGGCACAGGCUCAGAUGGAGGAGCUCUUCCAGGAGAGGAAGAUUAAACUGGAGCUCUUCCUGCAGCUCAGGAUCUUUGAGCGUGAUGCCAUCGAUAUCAUCUCAGAUCUGGACUCGUGGAAUGAGGAGCUGUCUCAGCAGAUGAGUGACUUUGACACAGAGGAUCUGACUCUGGCUGAACAGAGACUGCAACACCAUGCAGACAAAGCCCUUACCAUGAACAACCUCACCUUUGACGUCAUUCACCAAGGCCAGGAGCUACUGCAGUAUGUCAACGAGGUGCAGGCGUCUGGUGUAGAGUUGCUCUGUGAUCGGGAUGUGGACAUGGCUACACGUGUUCAGGAUCUGCUGGAGUUCCUGCAUGAAAAGCAGCAGGAGCUGGAUGUGGCUGCAGAGCAACACCGCCGCCAUCUGGAGCAGUGUGUGCAACUGCGCCACCUACAGGCUGAGGUUAAGCAGGUGCUGGGCUGGAUCCGUAAUGGCGAGUCGAUGUUGAAUGCUGGUCUGAUCACGGCUAGUUCUCUUCAGGAGGCUGAGCAGCUGCAGAGAGAACAUGAGCAGUUCCAGCACGCUAUUGAGAAAACCCACCAGAGUGCUCUGCAGGUGCAGCAGAAAGCAGAGACGCUGCUGCAGGCCAAUCACUACGACAUGGACAUGAUCCGUGACUGUGCAGAGAAUGUGGCCUCCCACUGGCAGCAGCUUAUGCUCAAGAUGGAGGACCGUCUCAAACUGGUCAAUGCCUCUGUGGCCUUCUACAAGACCUCUGAACAGGUGUGUAGUGUUUUGGAGAGUCUGGAGCAGGAGUACAAGCGGGAGGAGGAUUGGUGUGGAGGGGCAGACAAACUGGGGCCCAACUGUGAGACAGACCACGUCACCCCUAUGAUCAGUAAGCACCUGGAGCAGAAAGAGGCCUUCCUCAAGGCAUGCACCUUGGCUAGACGAAAUGCUGAUGUGUUCCUUAAGUACAUGCACCGGAAUAGUGUCAACAUGCCUGGGAUGCUGAGUCAUGUUAAGGCACCUGAGCAGCAGGUCAAAAACAUCUUGAAUGAGUUACUGCAGAGGGAGAACCGUGUCCUGCACUUCUGGACGAUGAGGAAGAGGAGGCUAGACCAGUGCCAGCAGUAUGUGGUAUUUGAGCGCAGUGCCAAACAGGCUCUUGAGUGGAUUCACGACACUGGCGAGUUCUAUUUAUCCACACACACGUCCACGGGCUCCAGUAUCCACCAUACCCAAGAGCUGCUGAAGGAGCAUGAGGACUUCCACAUCACAGCCAAGCAAACCAAAGAGAGGGUGAAACUGCUGAUCCAGCUGGCCGAUGGCUUCUGUGAUAAGGGUCAUGCUCAUGCUGCUGAAAUCAAAAAGUGGGUGACUGCCGUGGACAAACGUUACCGAGACUUCUCCCUGCGCAUGGACAAGUACCGUACUUCUCUGGAGAAAGCUCUCGGCAUCUCUUCUGACUCCAACAAAGCGAGUAAGGAACUACAACUAGACAUUAUCCCUGCCAGUGCCCCAGGCUCAGAGGUCAAACUAAGGGAUGCUGCCCAUGAGCUGAACGAGGAGAAGCGCAAGUCUGCUCGCAGAAAGGACUUCAUCAUGGCUGAGCUGAUUCAGACAGAGAAGGCCUAUGUGAGAGACUUGAGAGAAUGUAUGGAUACAUAUCUAUGGGAGAUGACCAGUGGUGUGGAGGAGAUCCCUCCAGGGAUUGUCAACAAAGAGCACAUCAUUUUUGGCAACAUGCAGGACCUCUAUGAAUUCCACCACAAUAUCUUUCUGAAAGAGCUGGAGAAGUAUGAGCAACUUCCAGAGGAUGUGGGCCAUUGUUUCGUUACCUGGGCUGACAAGUUCCAGAUGUAUGUGAACUACUGCAAAAACAAACCAGACUCCACUCAACUCAUACUUGAGCAUGCUGGAUCCUACUUUGAUGAGAUCCAGCAGAGGCAUCGCCUGGCUAACUCCAUCUCUUCUUACCUGAUCAAACCAGUGCAGAGAAUAACCAAAUAUCAGCUGCUCCUCAAGGAACUCCUGACGUGUUGUGAGGAGGGCAAAGGAGAAAUCAAAGAUGGCUUGGAGGUCAUGCUCAGCGUACCUAAGAAAGCCAAUGAUGCCAUGCACCUUAGCAUGCUGGAAGGUUUUGAUGAGAACAUUGAGUCUCAGGGAGAGCUGAUCCUUCAGGAGUCCUUCCAGGUGUGGGACCCCAAGACUCUGAUCAGAAAAGGCAGAGAGAGGCACCUCUUCCUCUUUGAGAUGUCACUUGUUUUCAGCAAGGAAGUCAAAGACUCCAACGGCAGGAGCAAGUACAUCUACAAGAGCAAGCUGUUUACCUCAGAGUUGGGUGUUACUGAACACGUGGAGGGAGACCCAUGUAAAUUUGCCCUGUGGGUAGGACGAACUCCAACCUCAGACAACAAGAUUGUCCUUAAGGCCUCCAGUAUUGAGAACAAGCAAGACUGGAUCAAACACAUACGUGAGGUCAUCCAGGAGCGCACAGUUCACCUGAAGGGGGCGCUGAAGGAGCCUAUCCACAUCCCCAAGCCCUCCACAACCAAACACAAGGGCCGCAGGUACAAUCCCAGAGACGGAGAGGACCUGGACAGCCAGGGUGACGGCAGCAGUCAGCCAGACACCAUCUCUCUGGCCUCCCGUACUUCUCAGAAUACACUGGACAGCGACAAGCUGUCGGGAGGUUGCGAGCUGACUGUGGUCAUCCAUGACUUCAUGGGUGGAAACAGCAAUGAGCUGACUGUGCGCAGAGGGCAGACAGUGGAGGUGCUGGAGCGACUCCACGAUAAGCCCGACUGGUGCCUGGUGCGCACCACUGACCGCUCACCCGCUCAGGAGGGCCUGGUGCCCUGUGCCAUGCUCUGCAUCGCCCACUCCCGCAGCAGCAUGGAAAUGGAGGGCAUCUUCAACCACAAAGAUACUCUGUCUGUAUGCAGUAAUGAUGCCAUCCUCCCUGGGUCAUCUGCCACCCUGCAGCCUGGUCAUGUAAUGGGCUCUCAGAGCUCACCUGGGCCCAAGCGACCAGGGAACACUCUGCGCAAGUGGCUGACCAGCCCAGUGCGGAGGCUCAGCAGCGGCAAGGCGGACGGCCAUGUCAAGAAGCUGGCUCACAAACACAAGAAAAGUCGCGAUGUCCGCAAGAGCGCAGACGUGGGCUCCCAGAAAGACUCAGAUGACAGUGCAGCCACUCCACAGGACGAGACAAUAGAAGAGAGAGUGCGAAACGAGGGUCUAAGCAGCGGAACACUCUCCAAGUCCUCCUCCUCAGGCAUGCAGAGCUGCGGAGAGGAGGAGGGUGAAGAAGGGGCCGAUUCUGUACCCCUGCCCCCACCCAUGGCCAUCCAGCAACACAGCCUCCUCCAGCCGGACCCUCAGGACGACAAGACGUCAUCCCGUCUUUCAGUACGCCCCUCCAGCUCAGAGACACCUAGUGCUGCAGAAUUAGUCAGUGCCAUCGAAGAGCUGGUCAAAAGCAAGAUGGCUCUGGAGGACCGGCCAAGCUCUCUGUCCGUGGAGCAAGCUGACAGCAGCAGUCCUUCCUUCAACCCCUCAGACAACUCCCUCCUCUCUUCCUCCUCCCCUGUCGAUGAAAUGGAGGAGCGCAAGACAGGCUUCCUAAAGAGACGCCACUAUGUACUGCUGGAGCUGGUUGAGACAGAGAGGGACUAUGUGAGGGAUCUAGGUUUGGUUGUUGAGGGCUAUAUGACAAGGAUGAAGGAGGAUGGGGUCCCUGAUGACAUGAAAGGAAAAGACAAGAUUGUGUUUGGCAACAUCCACCAAAUCUAUGACUGGCACCGAGAUUUCUUUCUGGGAGAGUUGGAGAAGUGCCUUGAAGACCCUGAUCGUCUGGGCUCUCUGUUUGUGAAACAUGAGCGGAGAUUGCACAUGUACAUUGUUUACUGCCAAAACAAACCCAAAUCUGAACACAUUGUCUCAGAGUACAUCGACACCUACUUUGAGGACCUGAAGCAGCGUUUGGGUCACAGGCUGCAGAUCACUGACCUGCUCAUCAAACCAGUGCAGAGAAUCAUGAAGUACCAGCUUUUGCUCAAGGAUUUCUUGAAGUACUCCAAAAAAGCUGGACUUGACUCACUGGAUUUGGAGAAAGCGGUGGAGGUCAUGUGCAUUGUACCAAAGCGAUGCAACGACAUGAUGAAUGUCGGCCGACUCCAGGGAUUUGAUGGGAAGAUAGUGGCACAGGGUCGUCUCCUCUUACAGGACACCUUCAUGGUGUCAGACUCUGAUGGAGGCCUGCUGGGCAGGAUGAAGGAGAGAAGAGUCUUCCUCUUUGAGCAGAUUGUUAUUUUCAGUGAACCUCUGGAUAAGAAAAGAGGUUUCUCCAUGCCUGGUUUCCUUUACAAGAACAGUAUCAAGGUGAGCUGUCUGGGCCUGGAGGACAGUGCAGAUGGUGACCCGUGUAAAUUUACCCUGACCUCCAGAAUGUCCAAUGGCAGCACUGAGGCCUUCAUCCUGCACUCCUCCCACCCUGGAGUCCGGCAGGUCUGGACCCUUCAGAUCAGCCAGAUCCUGGAGAGUCAGCGCAACUUCCUCAAUGGUACAAGGGGUGCAUGUCUAGAUUCCUUUGAAUUGCGGACGCUGACAUCUCCCAUUGAGUACCAGAGGAACCAUGUGGGGGGCAGCGCGAGUGCUCCAGGUGGCCCUGCUGUUAGUGGCAGUGGAGGACAAGGCGGAGGGCAGAGCACAGCUCCUGGAGGAGGUGGGGCAGUUCCAGCAGGGUCAGUCUCCCGCUCACGCCCCUCCCGCAUCCCUCAGCCCUCCCGCCUCCCUCAGCCUCUCCGCCACCAUUCUCCCGCCCUGGGCCCCGGAGCCUGCGACCCCGAUGGCCCUGACAAAAUAUCAGAUCCCAACACAGGCCGAGACUCUGCUAAGGUGAAGGUAUCGGACAGCCCUCGGUCUAAACGUGGCGAGCCUUUGGAGAAUGCCUCUAAAGAAAACCGGGACAGCUCGAUUCCCAUAGAAAUUCCUCGAGCAGCUGUACCUCCCCUGGCAUUGGUAAAACCUAGGCCAAGCACCAUCUCAACAAUGGCCACUCCAAUGGCCACCCCAGCCUUCAAAGACUGUCUCCCGCCCUGCAGCCCAGGGCCGAAAAGCGGGGGCUGUUCUACCCCUUCCUCUUCCGCCUCCUUCUGGAGCUCCAUGCCGGGUUCCCCAGCCAGCCGACCAGGUUCUUUCACCUUCCCUGGGGAUGCGUGUGACACACUGGGCCGUCAGAAUCAGAACCAAAGCCACAGGCACUCCACCCACAGUAAAGAUGCUGACCGCAUGAGUACCUGCUCCUCCGCCAGUGAGCAGUCAGUCCAGUCAACUCAGAGUAAUGGGAGUGAAAGCAGCAGCAGCAGUAAUAUUUCCACCAUGCUCGUGACGCAGGACUAUGUGGCACUGAAAGAGGAUGAGAUUAAUGUGUGUCAGGGUGAGGUGGUUCAGAUCCUGGCCUCCAACCAGCAGAAUAUGUUUCUAGUGUUUCGCGCCGCCACUGACCAGAGCCCCGCCGCUGAGGGCUGGAUCCCUGGCUAUGUGCUGGGCCACACCUCUGCCAGCAUCCCCGACUCCGCAGAGGGAACCAUUAAGAAAUCAUCUUCAUGGCACACAUCCCUUCGCAUUCGGAAGAAGUCAGAGAAGAGAGAGAAGGAGGGGAAGAAGGAGGGCAAGCUGGAAAACGGAUACAGGAAGUCCAGAGAUGGUUUAGCCAAUAAGGUUUCUGUAAAGCUUCUAAACCCCAAUUACAUCUAUGAUGUUCCCCCAGAAAUGCUUGUUCCGCUGAAUGACGUAACCUGUGAUAAGGGCGAGUGUGUCACACUCAGGUGUAAGGUGUGUGGCCGCCCUAAAGCCACCAUCACUUGGAAGGGACCUGACCAAAACACACUGACCAACAAUGGUCACUUAAGCAUAGCUUACAGUGAGACUGGAGAGGCCACACUUCGCAUUGUGGGUGUGGCUUCAGAGGAUGAUGGCGUUUACACCUGUAUCGCCACCAAUGAUGUGGGAAGUGUGACGACAUCAGCCAGUCUCAGAGUGUUAAGUCCCUCCAGUGAUGGAAUCCGGGUCAUGUGGAAAGACAACUUUGAGUCUUUCUAUACUGAGGUGGCAGAAUUGGGCAGGGGCCGGUUUGCUGUAGUGAAACGGUGUGACCAGAAAGGAUCUAAAAGGACUGUAGCUGUCAAACUGGUCAAUAAGAAACUAAUGAAACGUGAUCAGGUCACUCAGGAACUCAGCAUCUUAAAGAGACUACAGCAUCCCCAUAUAGUCUGCCUACAGGACACCUUCGAGACCCCCAGCAGUUAUGCGCUGGUCCUGGAGAUGGCUGAUCAGGGACGUCUGCUGGACUACAUUGUCAGCUGGGGAAACCUCACUGAGGAGAAGGUGGCCUUUUAUCUGCGGGACAUUUUAGAAGCUUUGCACUACCUACAUAACUGCAGAAUAGCCCAUCUGGAUGUGAAGCCUGAAAAUCUGUUGGUGGAUCAGAGCUCCUCUCAGCCAAUGGUGAAGCUGACAGAUUUUGGUGAUGCAGUGCAGCUAAACUCCGCCCACUAUGUUCAUCCUCUUUUGGGUAGCCCGGAAUUUGCCGCCCCUGAGCUGGUUCUAGGGGACCCCGUCUCUCUGACCUCUGACCUCUGGAGCCUUGGGGUGGUCACCUACGUCAUCCUGAGCGGAGCUUCGCCCUUCCUGGACGAGAGCGUGGAGGAGACCUGUCUGAACAUCUGCCGGCUAGACUUCAGCUUCCCCGAGGAUUACUUUCAGGGUGUGAGUCAGGCGGCGCGGGACUUUGUGUGCCUGCUGUUGAGGGCGGAGCCUUCCAAACGGCCUGCGGCCGCCGCCUGCCUUCAGGAGGCCUGGCUGAGGCCGGGGGGCGGCCGCCGCUCUGCCGAGUGCAUUGACACCUCCAGACUCAUCUCCUUCAUCGACCGGCGCAAACACCAGAACGACCUGCGGCCCCUAGGAGGCGUCAGGCCCUUCCUGCACAGCAGGCUACAACCUAGGAUCUAACCACGCACAUAAGAAAACUCCAAAAAAAAGAUAAUCUCAUCCUCUUUCAGUGGCCAGGUGCAAUUCAGAGGACACGUUCAGUCCUCAGCCAAUCAAAGUAUGUGGAAACGAUCACCUUAGCCAAUGAGAGCCGUGUAGAACACAGUUCUGAAAAAAGCGACAUGUGUGGAUUAACUGUCUUUUCCCAGUCUUAUGCUGCUGGCUGCUGACUGGUCAAAUUUAAUGAAGAUUUCUAAGAGAUUUAAUCAAUGGAAUACAUAUGAACUAUUCCACUGAUUUAAUGAUCAGUGGACUGAUUUGUGUGGAAAAAAGUGUACCUGCACAACACUGGCAGAGCUUUUCUGUGAAGAAAGUGAUGCAAAUGAGUCUAGAACCCUUUUUCCCCCCAUUUUGCCUGAGCCAGAGGGAGCAAGCAGUUCUUUUACGCUUUUACAGUAUUCAAACUCAAAAAAUUUGAGGGAAAAGAAAACUUCCUGCAAGUGACUUAAAAGAAAAUUAGAUUAAAUGAAGAUAACUGUAUCCAAAAUUUUCAGGUACAUGUCUGAGAGAACACUAAAAUAGUGAAACAAAAGAAAAUAAUGCUAAGAAAUAAGCAAACAUUAGAAUCUGCUAAACUACACAGUUUGGAUUUAGCUUCAGAGUUGCAAAGCAAACUUGUGAGGGCAGUUUCUUUGGAGUUGUUUUAAUUGAAAUCAAAGCUUGUUUGGUCGCCUAGCUUAAGUUGCUUAGUCAAACAAUAAUGAUCAUGCCACAUUUAACUAUAACAAUUUAAAAAAGCUGCAAGUGGAACCUCUUAAAGAAACAUUUUUUAAACAUUUGCUUUAACCAGAACAAAUUGUGUUGUGCAAUUUAAAGAUGUAUAAGCCUUACUUUGUACAUAGUCUGUGUCUGCAGUUUUUCUUGUUUUCCUUUUCAAUUUUAUGAUAUCUGUUUAUAAAGAGCAUCCCAGGACGGGAGAAAUGAACCCCAAGGGAAGAUAGCCAUAGGGCAGCCAAACAUCUGAGUGGCAGUGGACAUAAGAGCUCAAAGGAAGACUGAAUACUGUAAAUGCACUCACGUUGUAUGUUCCAGAUUCUUAUCAUGUGCAAUGUUGCGGCUUAAACAGUUUAUGCAACUAUUUAUGAAGACAUCUGUUGUACCUGUAAUAAAUAUUUAGACAAGCAUGUACUUGGUACUGCAAGUUCUGCUGUUAACUGCGUUUAUUUAACCUGGACUUUAGUUGAGUAUUAUUUCCCUGUCCCACCACAGGGUCAUUGUCUACAUGGCACUUAUACGUUCGUGUCACUUUUUGUUAAUGUCGUUAUUGGUAUACCAAAGCUCGCCAAGCUUUAUGAGACUUUUUUUUUCUUUUCCAUAUUUCACUAUUUUAAGUUAUACAUUAUGAAGCCGUGACAGAUUGUUUACAUGUGUUUACCAUAGCUUUGUUGUUUAAGUUUGAAGAUGAUCUUUCUUGGAUGUUAUUGACAUUUUCACAGACUUAACAUCUGCUUUUCUGCACAUUAGUUGGGUGCUCUACAACCCUUUUCCCAAUCAUAAUCAAAACUUUAUUGCUCAGUCUUGGCCAUUUUUCACAUUUUCUCACAAUGACAAGAUGUCCUUGACAUAAAUGUGAAGCCUUUAAAUUAUGAUAUUUAUAUAAGAUCUCACCAUAUAGAUAGUUUUUAUACAAAUGUAGAUCCUAUGUCAAAGACCUUGGAUAGUUUUUGGUGACACAUUGGCUAAAUUUUCAACAAUUUGACAGUAAAAAUUCGCACUGAAGAGAUUUUUCUUUUGCAGCUAUUCAUUGGUCCGUAGUCUACAGUUUUUCCUCCACUCUUAUGCUUAGGAAGCAUCACCUUAAACAAUUCUCUAUCAUUCAGAUUGUGAAACUCAAUAGAAUGUGUGAGUGGUGGACAGAGAAUCUUUCCAGUAGGAAGGAACGUGGUGGAGUCAUCUGUAUAGUCACAUAUCAUGUCCUCUAAUUUAUUUGUCAUUGUAAAGUUGUACAGAUGCCGUUACGUCAUAAAAGUUGGACUGGAUGCGUUGUUUUGUUAAUUUGAUCUUUUAGUUCCAAUUCCAUUGUAUUUUAAUGUAUGUAUGAUCAUUUUAAACUUUUAUUUCAGUUAUUUUAUACUUUUGCAUGUAUAUUUCUUUGUACAGAGACCAUAAGUGUUUACGCAAUAUGUGCUGUAAAUAGUUUCAGUUUUGCCAUCAGUUAUUUUGAAAUUAAACAUACAGAACGUUC